CUUUUGCCGCCCGCCGCCAGGUCCAGCGGUUCUGCGGCGCUGCCAGGGAGCUAGCCGCUCGUCCUCACCCGGAGUCCCAGAUGGCUUCAGUGACUGAUGGUAAAGCCGGAGUCAAAGAUGCUUCUGACCAGAAUUUUGACUACAUGUUCAAACUGCUCAUCAUCGGCAACAGCAGUGUUGGCAAAACAUCCUUCCUCUUCCGCUAUGCUGACGACACCUUCACCCCAGCCUUCGUCAGCACCGUGGGUAUUGACUUUAAGGUGAAGACAGUCUACUGCCAUGAGAAGCGAGUGAAGCUGCAGAUUUGGGACACGGCUGGGCAGGAGCGGUACCGGACCAUCACCACAGCUUAUUACCGUGGAGCCAUGGGCUUCAUCCUGAUGUAUGAUGUCACCAAUGAGGAAUCCUUCAAUGCUGUCCAAGACUGGGCUACUCAGAUCAAGACCUACUCCUGGGACAAUGCGCAGGUCAUCCUGGUGGGGAACAAGUGUGACAUGGAGGAAGAGAGGGUUGUUCCCACCGAGAAGGGCCGGCUCCUUGCAGAGCAGCUGGGGUUUGACUUCUUUGAAGCCAGCGCCAAGGAGAACAUCAGCGUGAGGCAGGCCUUCGAGUGUCUGGUGGACGCCAUUUGCGACAAGAUGUCUGAUACGCUGGACACAGACCCCUCCUUGCUGGGCACCUCCAAGAACACCCGUCUCUCGGACACCCCGCCACUGCUGCAGCAGAGCUGCUCAUGCUAGGCAAGGCCCACUGUCCUGGUCUCCCUUCAUUGUGGCACCACACCCACUCUGCUUCCCCGUUAUACUCUGUCUUCCCUCAGCUGAUGUGCUGCUGUUCCUUGCCUGCAGUGAAAGUGGAAGCAUGCCCCUGGGGUUCUCUAUGGAUGGCCCCACUCACAGACACUCAGCACUAGACUAACUAGGUCAUAAUGUGGGCAGAGGUUCAUUUUAUAAAAGGAGAAUCCACUUUAUGAAGGGGAUUCACUACAGGGACUUGGAAAAGCGAGUCUCUUUUCUGCCUUUAAAAUAAGAUUUCCUCCCUUGACCAAAAUUUGACACACCCACGCACACUUUUCAGGGCCUGGCCAACUGUGUAAAGUGAGACACACCUGCAUAGCUAAUCCUUU